GACUGCAGGAAGAGCACAGCAGAGAGUGUUUUGAGGAAGCCAAGUUUUUAAAUGACUUCUCAUUUGCACUCUUGCACCUGAUUUGCACGCAUCAUUGGACAAGUCAAAGCCAUGCGAUUAGGAAAUAUUUUCUUUCUGUCACUGUGUGCUGUGUCCUGUUCUCAAGACGAUGAUGGCAUGGUACACAUACAUGGCGCUAGUUUCAAAAUGGGAACCAAUGCGGCUGAUGGACGAGAUGGAGAGUCGCCUGUCCGAAGUGUGACAGUGAAACCUUUUAAACUGGAUACAUAUCCAGUCACCAACUCAGAUUUUAGGAAAUUCAUCAAGGAACAAAAGUACAAAACAGAGGCAGAGACUUUUGGAUGGAGUUUUGUGUUUCAGGAUUUUGUGUCAGUGGAGAUGAAGAACAAAGUCACGCAGAAAAUAGAGUCAGCACCUUGGUGGAUACCUCUAGAGAAGGUGUUUUGGAGACAGCCAGCUGGGCCAGGCUCUGGCAUUAAAGACCGAUUGGACCACCCCGUGGUGCAGGUAAGCUGGAAUGAUGCCCAAGCCUAUUGCCAAUGGAGGAAGAAGCGACUGCCUACUGAGGAGGAGUGGGAGUUUGCUGCUCGUGGGGGUCUAGAUGGGAGGGCCUACCCAUGGGGCAACAAAUUCAUGAUCAAUCGAACCAACCUAUGGCAGGGGGCAUUUCCAGAUGGAGAUUCAGCUGAAGAUGGUUACCAUGGCAUUUCACCCGUCAAUGCAUUUAUCCCCCAGAAUAGCUAUGGACUGUAUGACAUGUUUGGGAAUGCAUGGGAAUGGACAGGCACACGCUUUCCUGGAGCUCAGGUUAUGUAUGUUUUGCGUGGGGCCUCUUGGAUUGACACAGCUGAUGGCUCAGCCAAUCACAAGGCUCGGGUGACCACUAGAAUGGGUAACACUCCAGAUUCUGCCUCUGAUAACUUGAGUUUCCGAUGUGCUGCUGAUGAUUCACCACAAAAGAAAAAGAAGUCAAAGUCUGAGCUAUAAGGAGACAAAUGGACAGAGCCAAUUCUCUCCUGUGGAGAUUUGCAUUGUGACCUAACCUUCUCUUUCUGAAUUUCUAAAAUGUUAGUAUUAUUUUUCAUUUUUGAAAUGUAUUGUUUUUUUCUGGUAAGAUUGUUUUUAUGUGUAUAUAAAUUUACUAACCAUGAUUGAUUAAAGUAUUUUAUAUGCAGUA